CAAUUAAUGAAUACUAGAACUCCUAUUCCAACAUUCAUACUGAAAACAUAUUAAAUGCUUGAAGUAAUCUUUUUUGAAUGAAUUUUAGGAAUAAAAACAUGCAAAUAUUGUUAGUUGGACUGCUUAAGGCACAGCAUUUAUUGUUUAUAAUCAAUAGUAAAUGGAAAAAGAAGUUUUAUAAAAUUUCUUUAAGCAUAGUAAUUAUUCAAGUUUUGUUAGGUAUUCUAUUUAAUAUAUAGUUUUUAGAUAGUUAAACUUAUAUAAUUUCAAGAAAGUUAGAUCAAAAGAAGGAUAAAUUUUUAAGCAUAAAUGUUUUAGAAAAGGGAUGAAGUAUAAGUUUUUUCUUAACAUUUAUAGAUCGAUGUUAUAAUUUAUAAAAAGAAGAAAUCAAGAAGAUAUCGUUACUUCUACUCUAUAGGAAGAACCUAGUAUUUUAUUUUUCGUUAUUAUGAUAGCUAUUUCAAUAAAGGAAGAAUAGAACUUAUUUAAAGAAUGUGCCAUAGAUAUUAAGGAGACAAAUAACAAGUUAAAAGAAGAUAUGAAAUUAUUAUAAGAAACUUCUUCUUAUUUGAUUGAUUAAAUGCAGAACUUAAAUCAUGUAAUAAAUCCUUAAAAUUAUCAGUUUGUUUACAAUUAAAGUGUCGAUAUUGAAGUCAAAUUUAAAUAAGUUGGUUAAAUGCUACAUGCCAUAAAUGAAGAAUUAAGAUAAGAAAGUAUCAUUAUUCAUAAUAAUUUUAGAUAAAAGUGAAACAUAAACUAAUAAAUUUAUAGGAGAAUAUAAAUAAGUCAAAGAAGAUGAAUUUUAGGAAUCCAAAAUUGGAUCUCCAAAUCCAUAUGUGGAUUAUAAUAGUACAGCACUCAAUCCUUUAGAUUAUGAGUGUUUCAUAGACUCUUUUUUGUGAUCAUCUUAUAAACUAC